UGUGGCGAAGUGAACAAACAAUUUCUCAUUUUGGCGGCGUCGAACUGUGAAAGCACCACUGUGCUCCCAACUGAAACGUCUCUCCCUUUCUCCCAAGCUCGACGAUAAUGGCGUCAAAGCUUCUCAUUUCCCACAUUAGCCGGACGCCGGCGCCGAUUUCAGAGAUUCCACGCUCGGGUUGCUGUUUUCCCAGCCAAAAGUUCACUGCAUCCUCAUCGUUAAUCUCUUCGGAGACCAAAUGUAGUCGCCCCUCAGUUUCAUCGCCGCCGCCGUUCCAAUUCCCCGGAGAAAAAAGCCAGAUCUUUCUAUCUCCUAGCUGGCUUCCGAGGCAACCCAGUUCGAUCCGAUCUGUAACGGUCAGAUCCAACUUGAGCUUCCCUCUAAUUUCUCCGGACGACAAAUGGGGCAUCUGGACCGCCCUCUUCGCCGCCGGCGCUUUCGGCAUCUGGUCGGAGAAGACCCAAAUUGGAAGCGCACUGAGCGGCGCUCUAGUGAGCACUUUGGUCGGGCUGGCGGCCAGUAAUCUAGGACUCAUUUCUUGCGAAUCGCCAGCUUACUCAAUUGUUCUGAACUUUCUCCUCCCACUGGCAGUCCCUUUGCUGCUGUUCAGAGCCGACUUGCGCCGCGUGAUUCAGUCCACUGGAAAACUACUCCUGGCUUUCCUAAUUGGAUCGGUUGCAACGACGAUUGGAACAGUGGUGGCUUAUCUACUGGUGCCGAUGAAAUCACUUGGCCAAGACAGUUGGAAGAUUGCAGCUGCUCUCAUGGGAAGACAUAUUGGUGGAGCUGUGAAUUAUGUCGCCAUUGCAGAUGCUCUUGGAGUUUCUCCAUCAGUUCUUGCAGCUGGACUUGCUGCAGACAAUGUAAUCUGUGCUGUGUAUUUCACCACGCUGUUCGCUCUUGCAGCUCGAGUGCCUCCAGAAUCUGCAACCUCUUCGAAUGAUGAUGCCUCAGCUAAUGGUGGCACCGAGCCUGGCGACAAGCCGCUUCCCGUCUUGCAAGCAGCCACAGCUCUUGCAGUAUCUUUCGCCAUUUGCAAGGCAGGUUCUUACGCCACAAAGUCCCUUGGCUUUCCAGGAGGCAGCUUGCCGGCCAUAACUGCCAUCGUCGUGGUCUUGGCAACUGCAUUCCCUUCCCAAUUCAACUACCUCGCCCCAUCCGGCGAAACCAUGGCCAUGAUUCUCAUGCAGGUGUUCUUCGCGGUGGUUGGUGCGAGUGGCAACGUGUGGUCCGUUAUCCAGACAGCUCCGAGCAUAUUCAUGUUCGCGCUCGUCCAGAUAUCGGUCCAUCUGGCGGUAAUCCUCGCUGUGGGAAGGCUGCUGUUCAGGCUCGAUUUGAAGCUGCUGCUUCUGGCGUCAAAUGCUAACGUCGGCGGCCCUACCACUGCCUGCGGGAUGGCUACUGCUAAAGGGUGGAGCUCCAUGGUUGUUCCCGCCAUUCUCUCGGGUAUUUUCGGAAUCGCCAUUGCCACUUUUCUUGGCAUCGCUUUUGGCUCCAUGGUUCUGAAAUUCAUGUAACUCCUCUGUAUGCCGCUCCUUUUUGUUAAUUCAU